AUGACGGAACACGGCAGCGAGAAGAUGGCGGAAGAAGAGCGGAAUGCCAGUGCAGAGAAACUCAAGGAGAAGGCUAAUAACUACUUUAAAGAUAAAGACUAUGAGAACGCCAUCAAGUAUUACACAGAAGCACUGGAUCUAAACCCAACCAAUCCCAUAUACUACAGUAACCGGAGUCUGUCGUACCUGCGCACCGAGUGCUAUGGCUAUGCGCUGGCGGACGCCACCCGAGCCCUGGAGCUGGACAAGAACUACAUUAAGGGCUACUAUCGGCGAGCCACCUCCAACAUGGCCCUGGGGAAGUUUAAAGCAGCACUCAAAGAUUACGAAACGGUGGUUAGAGUUCGGCCCAAUGACAAAGAUGCCAGGAUGAAGUACCAGGAAUGUAAUAAGAUUGUCAAGCAGAAGGCCUUUGAACGGGCCAUCGCCAGCGACGAGCUCAAACGAUCAGUAGUCGACUCCUUAGACAUCGAGAACAUGACAAUCGAGGACGACUAUGUGGGACCUAAACUUGAAGAUGGGAAGGUUACACUGAAGUUCAUGGAAGACUUGAUGGAUUGGUUUAAAGACCAAAAGAAACUGCACAGAAAGUGUGCUUACCAGAUGCUGGUUCAAGUUAAAGAAGUUUUAACCAAACUUCCCAGUCUUGUUGAGAUUACAUUAAAAGAGACAGAGAAAAUCACUAUAUGUGGCGACACACAUGGCCAGUACUAUGAUCUUCUAAAUAUUUUUGAGCUGAACAGCUUACCAUCUGCUACUAAUCCCUAUCUGUUCAACGGAGACUUUGUGGACCGCGGAUCUUUUUCUGUCGAGGUCAUUCUUACGCUUUUUGGCUUCAAGCUGCUCUAUCCAGAACACUUCCACCUGCUAAGAGGUAACCAUGAAACAGAUAACAUGAAUCAGAUGUAUGGCUUCGAGGGUGAGGUAAAAGCGAAGUACUCCUCCCAGAUGUUCAAGCUGUUCAGUGAAGUCUUCCAGUGGCUUCCUCUUGCGCAGUGCAUCAAUGACAAAGUACUGGUGAUGCACGGAGGACUGUUUAGUGAGGACGGUGUGACCUUAGAUGACAUUAGAAAGAUAGACAGGAACAGGCAGCCGCCAGAUUCUGGUCCGAUGUGUGAUCUCCUGUGGUCAGAUCCUCAGCUGCAGAACGGACGGUCAAUCAGUAAGCGCGGCGUGAGCUGUCAGUUCGGGCCUGACGUUACGGAGCGAUUCCUGGAGCAGAACAAACUGCAGUACAUUGUGCGCAGCCAUGAGGUCAAAGCCGAAGGUUACGAGGUCACUCACUCAGGGAAGUGCAUAACCGUGUUUUCAGCGCCAAAUUACUGUGACCAGAUGGGAAAUAAAGGAGCUUACAUUCAUCUCAGGGGAUCAGACCUCAAGCCAGAGUUUCACCAGUUUACUGCUGUGCCUCAUCCAAAUGUCAAACCGAUGGCGUACGCCAACUCUCUGAUGCAGAUGGGUAUGAUGUAGAGGUUUUCUCACACGGAAGCUGCUGAGGUCUGAAGUCCACACCAAUCCCUCCAAAUCCAUUCUCACCUUCUUCUUAUCGCCGUUUCAAACGAGAAAAAAAAAAGGUUUCUUCUUGCGCACAAACAUAUUAACACUUCCUAUAUCAUCAUCAUCAUCAUCAUCCCUAUUGGUGCAUCUUUUGAAUCGUACACUGAUGAUGCCUUUGCAAAAAAAUGUCUUGUUUCUACUCCAAACAUCUUAAAAUUCUUAAAUCUAAAAGCAUUUUCUAGAUUAGUAAAUACUAUGGUCUUGCUUUCAGAAGUAAUGCAUCAAAAUUAAGUGUUUUUUUCCUUAAAACAGGCUCAAUCUGCCAAUGUGUAAGUUAAAUAAUCUUGUUUUUGCUUUAAAAUAGGAAUAUUUUGCUUGCUUUAAGGAGCAAAGUUGCGCAUAUUAUUUCUAAAAACAAGACUAUGUAUUGCUUGUCCAGAAAAUGCUUCUCGGUUUAAGAGUUUUUAGUUAUUUGGACUAGAAACGAGACACAACUCUAAAUUGAAGAAGAAAUGGGAAUGUUAUUUGUGCAUUAAAUGGAUAGUUCACCCUAAAUCAGGGGUGUCCAAACUCGGUCCUGGAGGGCCGGUGUCCUGCAGAUUUUAGCUCCAACUUGCCUCAACACACCUGCACGGAUGUUUCUGGAAAGACUAGUAAGUGCUUGAUUAGCUAGCCCAGGUGUGUCUAAUUGGGGUUGGAACUAAACUUUGCAGGACACCGGCCCUCCAGGACCGAGCUUGGACCUGCCUACCCUAAAUGAACAUUUCCUGGUAUUUUACUCGCCUACAGAUCAUCCAAGAUGACUUUUUUGUCUUCAGUAGAACAUUAAAGACGAUUUUGAGCUGAAUCUGAUGGUGAUUGGUAUAAUGGCAGUGAAUGGUGACAGGGUUAUUAGAUUAAAUAAACACACCUAAAUGAGUCUAAAUCAAUAGCCGUGGCUCCUGAUGACACACUGAGGUCUUGUAAAGCCAAAUGAUCGGUCAGUGUAAGAAAUUGAACGUUAUUUACAAUAUUAAUAGCUUUAAUCCACAUCCUGGUCAAACAGUUCUCAGUGCAUGUGUGAAUGUAGUCCGAUAGUAGUUCUGAGACUUCAAAUUCAUCAUAUAAUGCUGUAAAUAAUGUUUAAUUUCUUACACGGAGCGAUCGUUUGGCUUCACAAGAGCUCAGUGCGUCAUCAGGAGCCACAGCUAUUGAUUUGGCUUCUAUGCGUUUGUUUUUAAUCUCCAAAACCUGUCACCAUUCACUGCCAUUACAUCAAUCACCAAUCGGAUUCAUCUAAAAAUCUUCCUUAAUGUCCAACGAAGAAAUAAAUCCACCUACAUCUCGGAUGAGCUUUGAAAAUUUUCAUUUUUGGGUGAACUAUCCCUUAAAUCAGGGGUGUCCAAACUCGGUCCUGGAGGGCCGGUGUCCUGCAGAUUUUAGCUCCUACUUGCCUCAACACACCUCCAAGGAUGCUCUACACUCUCAGAAAUAAAGGUACGAGCUGUCAUUGGGGUGGUACCUUUUGGGGUGGUACAAAUGUGUAGCUAAAAUGUCCAUAUUAAUACCUCAAGGGUCCAUAUAGUACCUAAAUAGUACAAAAGUGUUCCUCUUAAAUUUUUAGGUACUAAUAUAUACUUUUGAGGUACCAAUAAAGACCCUUUAAGUACAAAUUUGUACCUUCUAAUAAAGGACAACCUCAGUGACAGCUCGCGUACCUUUAUUUCUGAGAGUGUAGAAAGCCCUAGUAAGAGCUUGAUUAGCUAGGUGUGUCUAAUUGGGGUUGGAACUAAACUUAGCAGGACACCGGCCCUCCCGGACUGAGUCUGCCUUAAAUGGAUGUCAUUUUUGGGUUGAUACCCCAUCCUUGGUCAUUAGGUAUUCAUGUGAACAGCACAGUUUGGAUUAGAUGAUACUGAAACUAAAUUGUACCAAAGAGCGGGCAAAUAUACGUGUUGCGUCACAAAAUAAGAGUGUUUAUGUAGAAUUGCAGCUCCUGCGACCAUGCUGAUCGGAGCCAAAAACCUGAUCAACACUUUCCAAAGUCUGUGUUUCUACAUGAAGCUUUUAUUUACCCCAUGAAUACAUCACAGGACCGUUUCCUUUACAUUUAGUGAAGUGUUGGGAGGGAGAACAGUCAUAUUAAUACUGUAGUAGUAUAGAUAUUAAUGUUUCAUCUGUCCACAUAAGGAAAAAAACAACAACGUAUAAUAAAGAAACUCCACACACAGCACCUGUCUUGCAGGCUAGGGUUUCUGUUUGUCAAAUCCACAUAAUAAAUGUCACAAAACAAAUUGAACUGCUGUGUAAAACUUUCACGGUUUUCCUUCACACACUUGCUCCCUUUUAAGAGUGUGGAAAAGUGUGAUAUUAUUAAACUCGGUCUCUGUUCUCCACUAUGUAGGCAGCUCCCACGGUUAUUUGUUGUUUUUCUCCCAACAUGCUUAACUGAAGUGCACUGGAGAUUCUCUAUAUCAGUGUUUCUCAACCAUGUUCCUGGAGGACCACCACAUUUUCCUCGUCUCAUAAAACAAACACAGCUGAUUCAGAUCAUCAGCUCAUUAGCAACGACUGAAAGACCUGGGUGUGACGAACAAAGGGGACAUCCAAAACAUGCAGUGCUGGUGAUCCUCCAGGAACGUGGUUGAGAAACACUGCUCUAUAUCCAUUUUUUUUUAUUUUCGUCUAGCAGAUCCCCCUUUUUGUGUGUGUAUGUGUGUGUGGACUUCCAGCAGAAUCCUUACCUUACUGUCUCUUUAAACGCACAGCAGUCAUGACCCCACGACCCUUGACUUUUUAGAGAAUAUCAGUAUGUACACCAACAUGUAUGUAUAUAUACUUUAUCAUUUGAAACUUCUGUGUACAUGUUUGGAAAAAAAGAUAUUGAAUAAUAAAACAAAUAUGCCAGUCCGAUGA